AAUACGGCGCUGCCAACUCUUUGCAUGGGCCAACUGUGUUAUUACAAGAAAACAAAAAAAAAAAAAACAAAAUACAAAAAGAAAAUAAGAGAAACAGCGAAAUCUCUUUUAUGGUUUUGUAUUAUUUUUGUGUACAGAUUGAGCAGAAACGAUGAUAUGUCGUUUGUGCUUGCGGAGCAUAAAUGCCAACACUGCCGUUUUCCUGUUUGAGACCAACGAAACUCUGGCGGAGACGAGGCUGGUCAAGAUGAUAGCUAAAUUUCUUCAGCUGGAGAUUAUGCCGGAUGACAGCAUCUCGACCAGCGUCUGUACCGUAUGCUGUGAGCACCUGGAGGAUUUCAAUAGCUUCUGGCAGUUGGUGGAGCAAAAGCAGGGAACUUUAAAAAAGGAAUUUCUUACUGUAGAUGUAGACUGUGGCGUCAUGAAAUGGUCUUCAGGUGAUGGGGAUAUGGAUGUGGUCGAUGUGAAUGCUGAUGAAUUGCCUGUAGUGAGUGUAAAUAUGGAUGAGGAUGAGAAGCCGCUACCGCUCGACAUGCACAAUCUAAGUCUGCUGGGCAGCGUCUUGGAUGUUAAUGUCGAUGGGCAGAACGAGGAGCUAGAACAAGAGAUGUCAUCAGUGUUGAUUAAAAAACAAAAGCCAGACUAUAACUCUGAUGAUAACGAUGAAAACGAUGAUGAGGAUGACGGCGAGGAUGCGGAUGGGGCUGGCGAUAAUGAAGACGAAAAGCCCAUGCUUGAGGCCAGUGGAAGUGAAUUUGGAGAAGCAGACAUGGUAGAUGCAGAACAACUAGAAGAUGAUUCUUCGGAUGAUGAGCCUUUGGUUAAACUGGUAAUGCAGUCCAGCAAUCUCAAGCCGAAACGUAAAUAUACCAAGAACAAACAACGCCUUAGUCUUGCUAUGGAACUGAAAGAUUUACUCAAAGAAGAUUGCUCCAAUAAAUCAUUGUCACACCGUCGCCGCAAGGUGGCUCAACCAGCUCGCCGGGACAGUCCAACUGAAACACAGGAGAGCGAACUCCAAGCGGCAUUGGAACGUAAACCAAAAGGCUGCUCUAGGGCCCAAUUGACCAAACGAUAUGAGGAGGUCAUUGCCAGCUAUAUGAGUGCCAAUUGUGAUCUAUGUGAUUUCAGUGGCAAAUUCCUAUCCGAACUGAAGACGCAUUUCCAGGAGGUGCAUCAGCGGGAGUUUUAUAUUAAAUGCUGUAAUAAAAUAUUCACACGGGCCUCCAAGCUAAUGGAUCACAUACGAAAACAUGUCAAUCCCAAACUUUUCACCUGUUCGAUUUGCAACAAAUCGCUAAACUCACAGGAUUACCUGGCCACUCACAUUGAGACCGUGCACAAUAAAGUGGAUCAAAUUGGCAAAGUGUUGAAAUUUCCCUGUCCCAAAUGUGAGCGAACUUUUAGCAGUGAGCGGCGAUUGACAAAUCAUUUGGCCAAGCAUGAUACGGAUCAGUUGGAACAUAGUUGCGAUAUAUGCCAAAAGAGCUUUGCCAAUGUCCAUCGCCUGCGCCGUCACAUACAGUCCAUACACGAAGAUCUUCAUCCACACGUUUGUGAUAUUUGUGGCAAGAAAUUUAAAUUCAAACCAUCAUUUGAGCGUCAUCUGCUCGAGCAUCAGGGUGUCGUUGCACCAGCCAUGGAGUGCACCAUUUGUGGUGUUUGGCUGAAAAAUGAGCAUAGCUUGCGUUUACAUCGAUUCACCCAUGACAAUACCGACACGAUUUGUCCACAUUGCUCGAAAACCUGUACAUCGCGUACAGCAUUGCGUGCCCAUAUUAAAUAUGCCCAUAAAUUGACCACAAAUCUACAGUGUACAUAUUGCGAUAAAAGUUUCAAACAACAGCGAAAUUUGGAUGAACAUAUGGCCAUUCAUACGGGUCUCCAGCUAUACAAUUGUCCCCACUGCCCCAAGGAGUGCCGUUCGCGUUCCAAUAUGUAUGUUCAUAUCAAGCAAAGGCAUGCGGACGAAUGGUUAAAAGCCAAAAUGGCUCGUUCUCAUAAUCCCCAAUUGAAACCGCAUACCCAAAGCUGAAAGAACAUAGCAUAACUAUAGAAAUCCACAUCAGAUAUGCUCCCCUCCUUCCUAUUGUAUAUGAAAUCUUACAUAGCCAUACAUAAGUCGUACAGUACAGUAAAAAUUGAUUAUUAUUAUGUUUUUUUUUUCAUGAAAUGUCUGUAACAUAUAAAAACUAAGUGCAUAUAAAACCGUCAGGUUGUAAUAUAAUAUAAAAC